AUGGCUUCUGGUGAUGUGAACUAUCCCAACACGGGCAGUAAGGUACGCAAACCCUGGAAGCCGCCGGAUGCGAAAUCACCCGCGGACCUCAAUCCCACACAUGCUAAUGAAACCUGCAAUAUCGGUGAUGUGGUGACCAAGGGACCUGUUGUUGAUGGCAUUAAGUCCGAGGCAUCCCGUACCGGCAGCGAGCUACGCGAUCUGAAAAACUCGCGGGUGACCCCUUCCACCACCACCGCGGAUGGUCAACCGUUGACCCACUACCACUCCCUGCUGUACAGCCUUUUGAGCUGGGAACAACCUCGUGCGACCGCCGUUUCCUUUGCCAGCGUGAUCGGAUUUAUCUUUGCCGCCCGUUAUCUUCCUCUCCUCCGCUGGGCCUUCAAGAUUCUGUACAUGUCGCUUGGAUUGACUGCCACUGUUGAGAUUGCUGGCCAAGUCAUCCUCAAAAAGGGUAUCGCCAGUGGAUUCCGCCCUCGCCGUUACUACACCAUCCCGAAAGAAACCGUGGAGGCUGUGCUUGAAGAUUUGGAGCAGCUUGUGGACUUCUUCCUGAUUGAAUUCCAGCGCAUUUUGUUCGCUGAGAAUGUCCUUCACACCGUCGCGGCUUUCACUGCCGCUUUCGCCGGUUACUGGCUGAUCCGCUUCGUUCCCCUCUGGGGUCUUGCUGUGAUUGCCGUCACCACCACUUACUUCGCUCCUCUCAUCUACAUCAGCAACCGCGAGAUUAUCGAUGAGCAGAUUAGCAACCUCCAGGAGAUCAUCAACUCCCAGACCAAUCAACUGAAGGAUUUGGCUGGCGAGCGUACUUCUCACGCCACCGGAUUGAUGAAGCAGUACGUUGGUGAGUACAGCUCCAAGGCCCAGGAGUACAUUGGCUCCCGCCGCUCCACAUCCCCCGAGAUGGCCAAGGCUCCUAUCCCUAUUAAGGCCGAGGAGCCCAUUCCCGAAUCCGUCAUUGCCCCGGCCGCUGAGCCUCUGCUCAAGCAGGAGGACUUCCCUGACGCCCCCAAGAUCGCACCUGUGGCCCAGGUUGUCGAGCCCGUCGAGUCCGUCGAGUCCGUCGAGCCCACAGAGCCGGCUGUCGAGCAAACUGAUCGUGAGCCCCUUCUGGCUGUUUAA